AAAAAAAACAAGGGAAGGUGGAGGGGCUGGAUGGCCGGGCGGCAUGCGCGGGCGGUGUCGCCACCGCCACCGCCAUUCCCACCAUGGGGAGAGGAAGCGGGAGAAAUAGCAUGCCCUUGCCUUGAGCUGGCAUAGCAUAGGUGAAUCCGGGCAAGGGCGAGGGCGAGGGCGAAGGCGAGGGCAGAGGAUAGAGGGGGCUGGACGGAGGCUCCCCAAUUCUCCCUCCACCCUAGCUCCUCCCUCUCCCUUCCCUUCCCUUCCAGCUCCAGGAGCCACGGCGGCAUCGAGGGGAAUGUUUCAGAAUCCCGUCGAAUCCUCAAGGGCGUAGCGUAGCUGCUGCUGCUGCUUCUUCUUGUUCUUGUUCCCAGCGGAUCGAGGAGUGCGGGCCUCCUCCAAAUCUGAAACAGGGAGCGGAGGGGGGCACCGCUCUCCAAUUCCUCCACGUGUGUUGAUGGAUCAUGCUUUCCCAAUCACUCAUCCUAUUAGCUCCUGACCACGCGUCCUCCUCCCUUCGCCUUCAUUGAUUGAUUUCGUUAUUAUUAUUAUUCUAUAUUGGUAAUAAACAAACAAAGGAGGCCUCCUUUAAUUUGAUGGGCAUUCUGUUUCCAUCUCAACUUCAACGCCAACGACAGUUGAUGCUACCAUGGUUGGAAAUCGGACAUGGUUUGGGGGCCUUUUCAACGGCUCAGGCAAAAGGCGACAAGUCAGUGCAGAGAAGAUAGUGCUUGAUCUAACCCCUCUACAGGAACAGAGACUGCAAAACUUGAAGGAAAGGCUAAAUAUACCUUAUGACGAAAAUCGGCAUGAACAUCAAGAAUCGCUUAGGGCUCUUUGGAAAAUCUCCUUUCCUGAUACAGAGCUCACUAGCUUUGUUUCAGCACAGUGGAAAGAAAUGGGGUGGCAGGGCAUGAACCCAGCGACUGAUUUCAGGGGCUGUGGAUACGUUUCCCUUGAGAACCUUCUAUUCUUUGCAAGAACAUAUCCGCAGGCUUCUUUCAAGAGGUUAAUGCUGAAGCAGCAAGGAACGCGAGCUACAUGGGAGUACCCCUUUGCAGUCGCAGGUGUAAACAUCUCAUACAUGCUGAUUCAACUGCUGGAGCUCAACUCAGUGCGUCCGAAAUCUUUGCCAGGGAUUAACUUCAUCAAGGUGUUGACAGAACAUGAGGAUGCAUUCGACGUGCUCUACUGCAUAGCUUUCGAGAUGAUGGAUGCACAGUGGCUAGCAAUGCGAGCCUCGUAUAUGCAGUUCAAAGAGGUGCUGGAGGCCACAAAGCAGCAGCUUGAGAGGGAGCUCUCCCUGGAGGAUCUCAAUGGCAUCCAUGACCUCCCAGCCUGCAACCUCUUGUACAAAUAGUACUGGUAGUUAGACUAUUAUGAUGCAGUCAGAGCAAAAAAAAAAAUUGAACAAAAAAAAAA